UUUCUCUAAUAGAUUUGAGCUAUUAGGCAACCCAGAAGCCAUGAGAUGGGCUCCAUUGACAGGUGUUGUGUAAUGAAGCAACUCAUCAAAAUCAUCUCUACUUGGCUAAAACCAGAAGCUUGUAUACAUCCAACUCCAACAAAAACACUAUUUUCUUCCACAAUUAAGCUAGCAAUGGCGAUUUCAGUGCCUUCUCCCCGUCUAGUACUCAUGGUAUUGGCAAUGGCUGCAGUCUCACUUUUGCCUGUUGUAUAUGGUCAAAUUGGUACCGCUUGCACUGCUGCUAAUAUUGCGAGCUUCAGCCCUUGCAUGAACUUCCUCACUAACAGCACCACCAACGGCACUGCACCAACAGCAGACUGUUGCAAUUCGCUUAAGAAUCUCACAAGUACCAGCAAGGACUGUAUGUGUCUCAUUGUAACCGGAAAUGGUCCCUUUCAAGUACCAAUCAACCGUACUCUUGCCAUCUCUCUUCCUCGUGCUUGCAACACCCCCGGUGUCCCCCUCCAAUGCAAAGCCACCGGUGCACCUCUUCCUGCUCCAGGUCCUUUCUCUCUGGCACCAAGUUCAGCUCCUGGAGCUUCAGCAGCUGCCACUCCAACAGCUUCUACUGCCCCUGAACCCACCUCAUCUGCUGAGUCACCGGAAUCCAUAACACCAUCAGCAACAGGGGUUUAUGAAGCUCCGACAGCAACUACUGGGAGCCGCCCAGUUCUGACUCCAUCAGCUGCCAUGCCUUCUUACGCUCUCUCGCCUUCUCUUCUGCUAUUCGCUUCAGCAGUUCUGGUGUUGAAGUUUCACUAGGGGUCGAUCUUGUGCAUCUCUAGUUCUCUAUGCAUGUAUUGAUACACAGUAUGAGAAAUAUUGUUUAUUUACUUAGUGUUCCUUUGAAUUAUAUUAUAUUACAAUGUUAUUCAUUUUGUGCAAAUCUGUAUAAAUCAUUCGUUUGUAAACAAUCUAUCUAUCCUAUUCUGCUAUACAUAUCAGAACCGGAAUGAUUGAGCAAUACUAUUCUAUCGU